GAGAAGCGGAAAACCCCCCAACACCACAUACACUUCACUCUGCACUGUAUUUUUUUUUAUUUGAAACACAAAAACCCUAAGAAUGGCAAGAACAAACCUUACAGAACCCCCCAAAAUCCACAGAAUCCCACAACCCAAAUUCAUUGACGCAAUUCGCUGGCUCCCUUCUCCUUCCCCUUUUCGAAAAUCCUUCAUUUCCUCCCUCUUUGAUUCGGAUUUCCACACUCCUUCCCUCGAAAUCCACUCUCUAGACCCUUCUAAAACCCUAACCACCCCACUCUUGUCCUGGACCCCACCUUCCCGUAUUUCCUCUCUCAAAUCCACUCCUUCCCUCUUCGCUGCCUCCACUUUCCUGGGUUCUCUCCACAUUUUCAAAACGCCAGAGGAAAUGUCGGUUUUGGGGAAUGACAUGUCGGGUUUGGGUGGUGAAACGUCGGUUAUGGAACCUGUAGUGUCGGUUGUUGGCAGGGAGUUUCAUGUGGGGUCCAUUGGGGGUGUGGAUUUGAUGGAAGGAGGGAGUGAGUGUGUUAGUGUUGGAGAAGAUGGGAGGGUUAAUUUGGUUGUUGAGAAGGGAGGUUUUAGGAGGGUUUUUGAUGGGAAUGGAUUGGUUUCAUAUUCGGCAGUUAAAUGGGCUUCCCCGUCUGAGUUUGUGACUGGUGGAUGUGGGUUUGGACUUCAGUGGUGGGACCUUAGACAGCCUGGUGCUGCCGUUGCUCAGUUUAAGGGUAGCUGCUUAUGCUGUAGGGAUCGUGGCACAACUUCUGGGAUCAUUCACUCCAUUGAUAUCCAUCCAUCCCGUAAGCACACAUGUCUGGCAGGAGGUUCAUCAGGUACUGUAUUUGCCUGGGAUUUAAGAAGGCAACAAGAACCGAUUAUUCUUUCUUCAAUUGGCUCUAGUGACACUAUGACCCAACCAUUAUCUGAAAGCGAGGUUUGGGAAGUUCAAUAUGACUACUACACCAAGUCUUUGAAUAGUAAUAUUUCAUCAUCGCGGAUCUUACCUGCUAUGAUCUGCUCUGAAGAUGGGAUCCUUGCUGUCAUUGAACAAGGUGAGGAACCCACUGAGCUCUUGGCUGAACCCUGUGCCAUCAACAGCUUUGACAUUGAUCGCCAAAACCCCUCGGAUGUAAUAUGUAGUUUGGAGUGGGAAUCCAUUGUCAUUUUGUCAAGGCCGUAAAAUUGGACACGGAGAAUUUAAGCUCAAGUUGAAAUCUUGUUAUAUAACUUCUUCGAUGAAUUUUGUGCUCCAACCUGGAGUUAAUGGAGGAGUGGUCCCUGCGGUGGGUGGGAUGAGCGGAGCAAGUUUUUGUUGCUGUUUGUCAAUAAUGUUUACUCACCAGUUCGUUUGCAAACAAUAAUUAUGUUUUGUAGUCUUCACAAAUGGCAUUCAAGAAAACACUUGGUGGAGCAAUGUUUUAUCACCACCGCUGCAUCAGUGUUAAUGGAAUUGAUGCAUAUGGUUGAAGUGUAAGGAGAGGGAAGUAGUUGGCCAUUGGCAACACCAACCAGGAGCUCGAGUAACUGUACUUUUGGUUGCUAACCAUUGUCCUUUGUCAAGUAGUACAAUGAUAUCGUAGCCAAUUCUACCGAAUCCAACAGCAGUGUAGACUUUGUUUUAUGACAGUUUUUCUGUCGUAGAACGUGGAGUGCCAUUAUUCUGUUGGUGAACUCGGAAAUCUCUAAUGGCUGGAUUCAAUAGAAAAUGUUGGUCGUCUAGUAUACAGUAACUUGCCGUAUCCUAAAUUCCCAUUCCCAUUAUUCAAGCCUUUUUCUUGUCAUAGCUUGAACUUCAACAGGUUAAUGGACUCCAUGUGAUGGGCUCAAUGUAUAUCUCUCAAUUUAAUGGUUUUUUGUUUAUUA